CACACAGACAGUUUGAAUCCGGAAUCAAACAACAACAACAACAACAAUGGCACAUUAUGGUCUCUACUGCCAUAUGCUCCUUGUGUUCUCUAUGAUAUGUCCAUUUAUCAGUUCUUUCACCGUUAUCACCUCCGACACGGUGGCGCCGUCUGCACUGAUCGACGGACCACAAACAGGAUUCACGAUGACUAACGACGGCUCACACACAGAGCCCGACGAGCAAGAUGCUGUCUACGACAUAAUGCGUGCCACCGGCAACGACUGGGCCGCCGCAAUUCCAGACGUGUGUCGAGGCAGAUGGCACGGGAUCGAGUGUAUGCCUGAUCAGGAUAACGUCUACCACGUUGUCUCUCUGUCGUUCGGAGCUCUCUCAGACGACACGGCGUUCCCGACUUGUGACCCGAAACGCUCUUACAUCUCGGAGUCCCUCACCAGACUUAAACACCUCAGAGCGUUGUUCUUUUAUCGCUGUUUGAGCCGGGCCCCACAGCUGAUACCUUCGUUUCUGGGCCGCUUGGGCUCGAGUUUGCAGACACUCGUUUUGAGGGAGAACGGCCUGUUCGGUUCAAUCCCUAACGAAUUGGGCAAUCUCACCAAUUUGAAAGUUCUUGAUCUGCAUAAAAACAACCUCAACGGUUCCAUUCCCUUGUCGCUUAACCGGUUAUCCGGUUUGAGAUCACUUGAUCUGAGCGUGAACCGUUUGACUGGUUCGAUUCCCGGUUUGCUUCUUCCGGAUCUGAACGUUCUGGACUUGAACCAUAAUUUGUUAACCGGACCGGUCCCAGCUACACUCUCUACCUGUGGUUCGUUGAUCAAAAUUGAUCUUAGCCAUAACCGAGUCACUGGUCCUAUCCCCGACUCCAUUAACCGGCUCAACCAACUAGUGCUUCUGGAUUUGAGCUAUAACCGGUUAUCAGGUCCGUUCCCGUCUUCUCUCCAAGGGCUAAACUCACUUCAAGCUUUGGUGCUCAAAGGGAAUACAAACUUCGCAUCAGCUAUUCCAGAAAACGCGUUCAAAGGGCUCAAGAACUUGAUGAUUCUGGUUCUCUCGAAUAUGAAUCUCCAUGGCUCAAUACCGGGAUCCUUGACUCGGUUAACCAGUCUCCGUGUCCUUCAUCUGGAGGGCAACAACUUGACCGGGUCGAUUCCUAUGGAGUUUCGGGGCGUGAAGGAUCUAAGCGAGCUGAGGCUAAACGAUAACCGUCUGACGGGGCCAGUACCGUUCGAGAGAGACAUAGUGUGGAGGAUGAGGAGAAAGCUGAGGCUGUAUAACAAUGCCGGUUUGUGCGUUAACAGUGAGAGUAACUUGGAUGAUGUCUUCGGUUCAAGUGUGGGGUUGUGUGAAGGAGAAACGAAGAGACCUGGUCCUUCCGGUACGGUCCAGCAUCUAUCUGGAGCAGGUGGCGGCAAUGUCACUGCGGACAGAGCUACGUACGUGUCAAGCGGUUCCAAGUCAUUGGGCUUCUUUGGUCUAUCUGCAUUUCUUGUUGUGUUCAAUUUCGCGUAUAUGCUACUCUCUUGUUAGGCAAGGGAUUUAAAACAAACCUGCUGUAAAUAUAUCCUAUCCAAGUUACAAGAAAGUUGCCUUCCUACCU